AGAGUGAAUCCAAAAUAAAGUAGAGAAAAACAGAGGGGAACACCCUGUUUGUAGAGGGAAGAGGUUGGUUCCAUCACCAAGAAGCACCAGAUCUUCCUUCUCCAUGGCAACACCGGUGGUAGCAUCCAAAUCAUCACCAUCUUCAUCCAAAAGAUGGAUCAACAAUAUUUCCUCAAUUGCAGCUCGCAUCUACUUUCUCCUCAUCAUCUUCCAAAUUCCCCUUUUCAGGGUUACUUGUAGAUCUGGUGUGUGUACAACCCCUUUACAUGUUACAUCAUCACAGUUAGUUGCAAGUGAGAUAUUUCCAGUUCCAAUUGUGAAGGGUCUUUUGUACCCAGGUGCUGCUUUAAAUGGACUUAUUCACAACAUGACUGUUCCCCGUUGGGAUGAUUUGUUUAGCUUGUAUAACUUGACAUCUAUCAAGGAUGCUUCUGCUGUCACUGAUCUCCAACGCUUGGAGGUCCUUGCGGGAAGCUACUUCUCCGUGGCAGGAGCACUUGUUGGUAUUCUGAAACCAGGUAGAAUGAGCAUAUUUGGGUCACUUCUUGUAAUAUGGGGACUCGUCAAAGAAGGGAUUUUAGGAAAGCCAGUAAACAAUGAUCCUUCAUCAGCUGUCUAUGUCUACCCAACAAUGGUGCUUGCCAUGAUAUGUGCCUUCUCGUCUGUAAAGUAUGAUAUUAAGAAGGUUUCUGCUAGGUCAGCAGCGUCUGUUCGGUCCACUGCUAAACCUCUUAAGAGCUCAACAAAGUCUAAGCUGAAAUGAGUGGUUCUCAUGUUGACACGUUCAACUCGUGUACUUGUUUCUCACCAAUUCAUUUUGAAACACCUAGACUUAGUUCAGUUUUUUUCUUUUUACCAGAAUUGUUAAAUUUUCAUUUUACUCACAUUUCUGUUAAUUGGUUGAGCUUGUUGAUCAGUAAGUAGAAGGUAGAGAAAAGACUGCAUAGAAAUUUUUACA